AUGGGAUCUUGUGCACUCAAAUAGCAGCAUAUUUAAUAGAAUAUGAUUGUUGCAAAAUAAUUCUUUUGUGAUGAAUAAAAUGAAGAAACUCAAAAUAUUUCUUAACCACCAAUAAUUGUAAAUAAUGAGAAUAUCAGAUUACAUACUGCUUCCGAAUAAUGUGAUAUUUAGAAUAAAAUACAAAAUUUACAAGUUACAAAAUUGUAACCAUCAAUAUUUCAGUCUAAAAAACCUAUAACUUUGCACAGUAAAGAUCGUCUAGAAAUUUAGAUCAAUUUAUAAUUAUCAGGAUAUGGCAUAAUUUCAUUUGAUGAUGGCAGCCAUUAUGAAGGUUACUACAAAGAAGGAUUAAUUCAUGGCUUUGGCAGAUUUACAGAUAUUGAUAAUAACAUUUAUAUUGGUGAAUGGUUUAAAAAUAAAAAACAAGGCUUUGGAAAAGAAUUAGUAAAAAGUAUCUUUAUACACUAUUAUAGAUCAUUAUAAAUAUCAAGGAUAAUUUGUUAAUAAUNGA